AUGCCCCGACCGCGCGGACGUCCCAAGAAAUCAAACACCCCCCAACUUAAACCGAAACCGAAGCCGAAACAGAAAUCCAAGACUAAAUCCAAGAAACGAAGAGUGACGGAAGAAGAAGGCUGGUGGACCAUCCGCGAAGUUCUUGAUGAGAGGGUUGGCAAAGCAGGACAAGUCGAAUACUUGGUUCAGUGGGAGGACGAAAUUCAUACAGGGGAAAGCUUCCCCCCAAGUUGGGUUUGUACUCCGCAGUUGACUGACGACGCUCUUCAAGAGUGGGAGGACAAGAAGAAGGCUCGUCAGGGGACCCAAGAACCCGUAUCCUCGGUGGAAACCACAGAAACCACGGAAUCGGAGCGCGCAAAUGCUUCGCCCCUGACCCGACGUCGGUCUGACACCUUUGAUCCCAACCCGCGACCAACGAAGAAGGUCAGGGCUGAGCAAGCAGUAGCAGGGUCUGAGGAACCCGUCCCGUCUAUCGUUUCAGGUUCAUCUGUUGAUCUGGAUGCGGAAAGCACAUAUUCUCUAACUGAGGACGAUCUUGCUCGACUCCAAGCUCAAAGACUUGCCAUUGUUUUCACUAAGCCCGACAACUUUGACGCCUCCGAGUACCAGAGUGUGAGCAACAGCCAGACCAGUUCCCAUAAGGUGUCUGAACUUGAAGAGAACGACCAGCGAGCUGCAUUUGCGUCGCAAUUAAGCCAAGGUACCAUCCCCGAUUCGCAAGAUCUCUCCGGACACCUGUGGACUCGCCCGGAGCCCAGAUCACCAUCUGUCGUUGAAGAGGUUGACCAGUCAGGGGCUCCCGCGUCUCCUGAACUCGGAUCUCUUCCUCAUCCCAGCACCCUCCAGGAGGGUCAAUCCACACAAGACGACCACCUGCCCAGCAACAACGAGGCCAUUGAGGAGGACCAGCAGGACGAAGACAGCCCUCUGCUUGAAGAGGACAACCAGGACGACCACGACUAUCAGGACGACGAGGCUUGCCAGGACGACGAGGACACUGAUAACUCCCCCAUCGUGCUGGACCUUGAAAACAUCUCUGACGAUUCGACAAUCUCCGAUAUCGAAGAAUCCGCCAGCAUUCCUGGCGAUCCCACGCUCACAUACGUUGAUAGUGCUCUCGACAGUACCUUGGAAGAUCGAGACCCUCAAGUAGACCACGACACUGCAGUCGAUAGCCUUUCGAACAGCCAAGAUCUCGGAGACGGCCAUAUCGCCCCUGAAAGUGAAAUUGUUCAGGAUCAGGAUAGCUCUCAAGACGAUCAAAUUGUUCAAGACGAUCCAGAGCCUGCAGACGACGACGACACUCAAGACGUUGAGAACCAAGGAAGCACAAAUAUCGACGUCGGCAUAUCCCAGGACACCCAAUCUCCCGUGGACAAUCGUAGCCCUCGGGUUAUUGACGACUCUUUGGACAGACAAGAUUCACCGGUUGACCACGCGGAACCCCAGGGUUCGUCGCAAGUUUCUUGUCUUGAAGAAGACCCGGAUACUGGGAACAAUUACGUGCCUGAGCCCGGAUCAACUGCAGCCCCUGAAAGUUUUGACAACAAUCAUCUCUCCAAGCCAAGCAACGAAGCCGGUGUAAUUCCGCCUUUGGGAUCGCCGCUAUCAUCCCAAGCAUCUAGGCCAGGACAACAACCCACGCCGAGCUCCCGAGUCUCGAUUAACUCUCUGGUCAUUCCGGACUCCCAGGACCAGUCAUUAACCACACGAGGACAGCAUCUUUUGUCUGCACAGAGUCAAGAUUCAUUGUCAUUGCCACAGCCUCAAGUCACACUGGUCCCAUCGCAGAUCGAGGUUGUCCCAGACUCGGUGACAACCAGCUCGGGAAUUCCAUCCCAUCAACCCGACCAGUCACAGCCAGCUUCAGUACAGAGCCAGGCUUUAACAGAAAGUGAUCGGACGAAUCUGAGCGCCCAGCCCUCGACUGAAGUCGGGAACAUUGACCGGCCAUUGACCUCGAACGUGACAUCCAACUCGCAGGUCUUUUUGACCCAACCACGGCCGCUGCGCCAUUCCUCCGAGCUUCCAAGCUCAUUCCCUCCCCAAACCUCCCUCCCUUCUGAGCUCGAACGGCCUGCUUCUAGUCCAGGGUUUCGGGCACUGUCUCCCGACAAACCCCAAACUCCCCAAGCAUCGCAGGUGGCUCAAGAACAACCGGAAAAAACGCAGCCUUCAGAAGACGAAGAGACUGCGGCCUGUCCUAUUCGAGCUAUAAUCCGGCGCUCGCUAUCUGGGGCGCCUUCGCUGCCAUCUCAACCAGAAUCCGAUACAAUGGAUCCGACCUCACCCAACCGGCGCCAGAGUUCGGCAGUCGAUGAGUUGAAACGCUACAUAGACUUUGGCAAGGAUUCAUUUUUGACACAGGCCGAAGAGCCAGCAGAGCCUCCCACAUCUUCAGAAGCGCCGAACCAUGAAGACCCUAUGGUUACCACGGCGGUCCCGGAAGUCAUGGUGAGCUCCUCCGAGUUACCGAUACAAUCUCAACCGGCCUUCUCGGUGGAACCAUGGAAAGCAGAAGUUCUGGGUAAUACACCAGAAGAACCAGCUCCGUCCAUCUCGCCGGCGUCUAUCAUGGCCAACCCCAACCAGUCUGCGGUCGAACGAAUGCAAGAAAUAGUAAACAUGUCAUUUGGCGACUCAGCAGGUUCUCUUUCACAGUCCUUGAUUGUCCAGGAACCCGAGAUGAUGCCUCCAGGAACCAUUUCUCCGGCUGCUAUCAUCAGGUCGGUUGAUGCGGUUGAGUCGACACAUACGUUAGACUUCUCAAACCAAGGUACACUGUCCUCAAGGAUCGAUGAGAGUUCAGGGCAGGAGAUCACCUUGGGACAGGUUCCUGACGAGCAGGAAUCCGAUGUUUCAUCACAAUCUUCUCAUCGGUAUGAAAAUGCCUCGCCUCAUAUCGUUACUCUCCCAAUGCAUGCAAGUCGGCGACCAUACUAUGAGGCGAUCAUCGUGGAUCACAAGAAUGAUAUCCACGAGUUUGGCUCGAUGUUUACCGAAGGCAUGGACGAAGAACCUAGCGAGGAUCUCAAGGACAAGAUUGACAAGCUUUUCAAUCGCCUAUUGAACAUUUGCGACUAUCCUCAGGACAUCGUUGGGACACCACUAGAACGACUCCCUUCCCCCGACCUAGCCAAGUACUGCUGCGAUGCCAAUCCCAAAUUCAACUUUUUGUUUGAAUUGUUGUCCGCCCUUGGAGAAAAGGAGACAGGAAUCCUGAUUGUUGCACGCAGUGCUGAACUCCUCCGGCUUAUCUUUGCCGUCACCGAAGCCGUGGGCAUCGAGUGUUCAGCAGAGAGCAUUGGAAAGCAGAGCGACUAUCCAUCAGUGACGAGAAUCACUCUAGCGCUAACUACUGAGGAGUUUGAUCCAUACAAAUUCGAUGUUGUCAUCGGAUACGAUUAUGGCUUCAGCAGUUCAUCCAUGGCCAAGCAGUUGUCAAAAGAAAACGUCCGAAAGCCACCGCUUGUGCUGUUGCUCACGACGACACACACGAUCGAGCACAUCGCACUUCGCAAAUCGCAAGACAUGUCGACAUUAGAGAGCAAGAAUUCAUUGCUGGCGAGUGUCAUCCUUGCAAGGCGUUAUCUGGAAGACCCAGAACGCGGCUACGGUGACCCUCAUCAAGUCGCGGAGAUCUUUUCGAAUUAUCUAAAUGGCAUGACUGAUGCAGUGAGCUGGGAGCCUCAAGGCAUACCGGACGAUGUGCUUGAUGUUUUUGCAACAAACUCGCAAUCGCAAUCUUUGCCUGAGGACAGGUUGACAUCUGGAAACAACCUCAAGCGAAAGCAUGAUGACGAUGAUGAGGACGAGUAUUCCAAGCGAUCACGCGUGCUCCCUCUCACAGAGUUGCCAGUUGAAACUCGAGAUCCUCCUCUGACCCUCGCAAUGCGGCAAUUCCUCGAAAGCAUCACGCCUCGGGGACAAGGAAGGAAGGACAACGACUCCACGAUCGAGAUACCUAUCUCGCAGUUGGAGUCGAUUAGAGAAAAGCACGACGAAUACAAGCGUCAAAUUGCUUUGGGGCGAGGGAUCGAAGUCGACUACAAGUCCGUCAUCCACCGGCUUGAAAAGGAACUCAAGGAUUAUAAACGGACUGCCAACAAAAUCGAAAGAUCAAAUCGCACUGCCCUCCAAGAUCGAACAACGUUUGAGAAGGAGAAGCAAAAGGCCGAGACCAAGGCAAAGGCAGCAGCAGAGACAGCAGAGAGAGAGAGGAAGAAGCUACAGAAGCAUAUCGAGGAACUCGAAUCCAAGAUCGCGCACUUGACAGCAAGCCCUGAAGCGUCGAAACUGGAAGACAUGCUCAGAGACGAGCAGAGUCAAGUGGAGCUUCUGACGAAGAGGCUGGGCAACGCUCAAACAACACAAGAUUUUUAUCAACACCGCUACCAAGAGGUCGAUGGCCAAGCCACAGAGCUGGCGACGGAGAACAAAGAGCUCAAGAGUCGGCACGAAGACUUGCGGACAAGGGCAUCCGAUAACCUGAGAAAGAUCCAAGAAAUCAACGCCAGCCAGCAAUCGGACGCAUUGAAGGAACAAAUCAAACAACUCACAGCUCAGGUCAAUGAGAGAGAACACCUUUUGAACUUGGCCCACGAAGAGCUACGAACAUUGCGGAAUGGGCGUCCACAGACUCGGGGGACUAGCGUGCCACGGAGCCCUCGUGUGCCCAUGAUGAGCCCACGGCCAGGUCGUGGAUUCACUGGUUCUGCUAGCAGAGGAACAAGCCCAACUACGGCGCCGGGUCAUGAAGGCUUCAUGGUACCCGGAGCCCAGUUCAUGGGCCAGCAGUCUAGGAACGGAAGAUGGGGUCAUCAUCUCCAAGACUAG